AUGGAGAGAGACUGCUGGCAGAAGGCAAGGGUGAAGAAGCCAGUCACCUUUGAGGAUGUGGCAGUGAAUUUCACCCAGGAUGAGUGGGACUGUCUAGAUGCCAGUCAGAGGGUCCUUUAUGAGGAUGUCAUGGCGGAGACCUUCAGGAACCUAGUGUCUGUUGCAUUCGCGAAAGGAGGUAAGAAAGAGAAACUUCGAGUUCAAGGUCAGAGACUGAGAGAUGAGAGGACUAGUGAUGACAAGGUCUUCUCCCUUGAUAGUAGAGGGGCAGGUCAAAGCCCGCCCUCUGUUCUAGCUGGCUCUGUGGACAGGACCUCAGUGUUCCAAGCAUCCCCAGCUGGGCCAAACUUUUCCUGCCACACCUGCGGCAGGUGUUUCAGCAAGCGCUCCUACCUCCUUAGCCACCAGUUUGUUCACAGCCCCAAGCAAACUAACAGCUGUAGCCAAUGUGGGAAAUUGUUUCGGAGCCCCAAGACCCUUGGCUACCACAAACGCAUGCAUCUUGGGGAGAGGCCCUUCUGUUGCUCACUCUGUGACAAGACCUACUGUGAUGCUUCUGGACUGAGUCGUCACCGCCGUGUCCAUCUGGGUUACCGGCCCCAUUCAUGCCCCGUGUGUGGGAAGGGCUUCCGGGACCAGUCUGAGCUCAAACGCCACCAAAAGGUACACCAGAACCAGGAGCCAGAGGCUGGAAAACAGGAGCAUAUUGUGAGGAUUCCAGGCACAGCUGCAUUCCAGGCACCCAUCCUCAGGAGCCCGAGGUCCACUGAGGGGCUCGUGGAUGUGAACUAUGCACCAGUGGUCAGGAACCCAGAAGCCAUAUUUAGAACUGAGAGCCCCAUGGCCCAGAUCCAGCCACCUGUACUUAAUAACCAAGCACCUAUGGCCAGGACCCAGGUGAUCACUGGGAGAACUCAGGAGCCCAUUGUUACAACUUGA